AUGGACAUUUAUCACACAUUGUGUUGGGAUUGGUUGCAUGCAAACUGUGCAGGAUCAUUCAGUGAUCAUCUGUGGGGAGAGCUUCUGAAGAUCCUUGAGAAAAUGGGUCAUCAGACAAUGGGAAAGGCUGAGCAAAAUAUCAAUGCAAUGCCCCACUGGCAUGGUCUCAAUCAUUUCAAGGAAGCACUUUUGAUUUCAUAUACAGAUGGUCAGAAGCUUGAGGAUCUUUCUAAGAUAAUUGUAUUUGCCUGUCAUGACAUCUUGCCACAUGAGACAGAAAAAGGUGGCUACCUUCUGUUGCACUGUUUGCAUGCUUACAUUGAGUUCGAUCUGUAUAUGGUGCUCGAACUACAUAUGACACACACACUUACCACUGGAGCAGACUCAGCAUACAGGGAAAAAUUAGGAACUUUCCUGAAGAACCACACCCAUAUGCAUAUAUUCAAUGACAUUGAAGUGAAGGGUGUCACCUGCAAUUUCAAUAUGAAGCCAAAUGAGAAAACACAUGGUCUGUUGAAGCAAGCAUACCAAAAGCAAACUAAUUUCAAGGAUGUUGCUCAGCAAAUUCUCCAUGUCAAUCACCUUAGACUGAUUUCUGAACAUAUCCAAUGCAAGAUCAAGGAAUAUGAUUCUUACAGGAUGUUCAGAGUGGCAAUGAAUAUGGACACCAUCAAUAUUGCUGUUGAUGAGCCUGAGGAAGAAUAUUUCCAUGUGAAGUUGGGUAGCCAAGUGAAGGAGCCAUUAACAUUCAAGGAUAUUGAGAAGAAGAGUAUUGCUGACAACACAUUCAAUUGA